UUAUUCUAGGAAGUUCGCAUCAGCUGUCAUUAGAAUCAGAGAACCGAAUAGUUGUGUUUUGGAGUAACCUGGUUCUAAAGUGCAAAUACUGAAUGUACAACAUAUUGUUGAUAAAUUGUAUAUUAAUAAAGUAAUUAUACAAAGUUAUCCUUAUGGAGACUGUUCCUAAGGAUUUACGUGGCCUGAGAGCAUGUUUGGUUUGCUCGUUGAUAAAAACGUUUGAUCAGUUUGAAGUUGAUGGUUGUGACAAUUGCGAUGAAUUUCUACGAAUGAAGAAUAACAAAGACAAUGUUUUUGAUUGCACAAGUUCAAAUUUUGAUGGCAUGAUUGCUGUGAUGAGUCCUGAAGAUAGUUGGGUCUGUAAAUGGCAAAGGAUAAAUCGUUUUUGCAAGGGCGUUUAUGCAAUAUCAGUGUCAGGUCGUCUGCCAGCUGGUGUAAUUCGCGAAAUGAAAAGCCGUGGAAUUGUAUACAGGCCACGCGAUACAAGCCAACGAUAGUAGACAAGAUACCAUAAGUUUACAAGAUAUGAUUCAUACAUAAAAUUGACUCCAUAUUCCUUACUCUGUUAUUUAAAUAUUUUAUCAUUACCACUAUAACCAAUGUAUGAAACGCUGACUAAUUCGAUCGUUUCAAUAGUGUAAAUCUUGUAAUAAAGAUUUAUGAAUUUUUUCGGUACGAUAAGACCGUUAA